CGCGGCCCAGCCUCUCUGCGGCCCGGGGCAGGCGUUCCCUGCGGGGAAACCGAGCGAACGGCAGAGACCCCCGGGCAAGCGGCGCGCCGGAGGGGGGUACAGCCCGCGCGGUGCCCUGGGGGAGGCGCCGGGGGGCUCAGCGCCACGAGGGGUGCCCGCGCCCCCCGCCGCCGGGUGCUGGGGUCCCCCGGGCCGCUGCUGCUGCCGCCGCCCCGGGGAGGGCGCGUCCCCUCAGCCGCCGGGCGAAGGCCGUCCCCCGCCGGGGAGACCCCCCCGGGCCCGGCCCCGGCCCGGCCCCGGCGGAGUGAGGCGGAGGGCGGGCACGGCGGGCCGGCGCUGCGGCGCGCUGAGUCGGGGGAGCUGCGGCGGGGCGGCCCCGCGCCAUGGAGCGGUACGAGAAGCUGGGCAAGGUCGGGGAGGGCUCCUACGGCGUCGUCUUCAAGUGCCGCAACAAGGACACCGGCCAGAUCGUGGCGAUUAAGAAGUUCCUGGAGUCCGAGGAGGACCCGGUGAUCAGGAAGAUCGCCCUGCGGGAGAUCCGCAUGCUGAAGCAACUGAAACACCCCAACCUGGUGAACCUGCUGGAAGUGUUCAGGAGGAAACGGAAACUGCAUCUGGUCUUCGAAUACUGCGACCACACAGUUCUUCAUGAGCUGGACAAGCACCCCCAGGGGGUGCCGGAGCAUCUAGUGAAGAGCAUAACCUGGCAGACCCUCCAAGCUGUGAACUUCUGCCAUAAACACAAUUGCAUCCACCGAGAUGUAAAGCCAGAAAACAUCCUGAUAACAAAGCACUCGGUCAUCAAACUUUGUGACUUCGGGUUUGCUCGUAUACUGACUGGUCCAAGUGAUUAUUACACAGACUACGUGGCUACCAGGUGGUACCGCUCUCCAGAGUUACUUGUGGGAGACACACAGUACGGCCCUCCCGUGGACGUGUGGGCGAUAGGCUGUGUCUUUGCAGAGCUGCUCUCUGGGGCUCCGCUGUGGCCUGGCAAGUCUGAUGUCGACCAGCUGUACCUCAUCCGGAGAACCCUUGGGGAUCUUAUUCCCAGGCACCAGCAAGUGUUCAGCACCAACCAGUUCUUCAGUGGGGUAAGAAUUCCAGACCCAGAGAGCAUGGAACCAUUAGAAAUGAAAUUCCCUAGUAUUUCAUACUCUGCUUUAGCUCUCAUGAAGGGUUGCCUGUGUAUGGACCCUGCGGAGCGGCAGACAUGUGAGCAGCUGCUGCAGCAUCCCUAUUUUGACAGCAUUAGGGAGGUGGUGGAUCUGGGGAAAGAACAUGAAAAAACAGCUCGGAAACCCGCCAGGCUGACUCGGAAGCACAUGCCAGGGUUACAGUACCUGCCUCAGUUAACCAGUAGCAAUGUUCUACCAGCUUUGGACAGCAAGAAGCACUGCUGCAAAACAAGGAAAUCAAACUACCAUUUCCCUAACAUCUAACCAGAUGGCAGAUUAAAAACUAUUUAUUGUUCAAAGUUCAAGUUGUUCAGAAUUUAUAAAAGGAGGAUAUGUGGUGGAAAACAAAAUUAAAACAUGUUCGUCAGAAAAUGGUCUAUAAAGUAACAUACCCUUGGUCACUAACAGAAGUGAUGCACAGAGAGAAUGCCAAGCUCUUGUUAGUCAGUGUUCUGCGUACAAAGGAAAAUACAUUUGUUUUGCUUUAAUUCAUGAUUAUAUACUGGUUCAUGAUUGUAUACUGGGUUUGCCACUGUAUACUGGUUCAGGAUUACUGCAACCCAGUGUUUACCGUGUGAAUUUAAAAUCUCUCGCCUAGCUAUCACCCAUGUUUCAGACUUGGCAGAAGAAUUGCAGCCUUGCCAAAUAAAUCAGAGUCCCGCUGUGUCAAAACAGUAAUACUGCUUCAGACUGGGACUAAGUCACUGAUCCCACAAGGAAUGGUAAAUGUGUUGCCUAUGUGAGCAGAAGACAGAUGUGCUUGUGGCGCCAAGCCCGAGAGACUACCCAACUGCUUUAAAGAUACGUCUGUCUUGCAUGCUGCAUUUAUAGAUCACAAAGUAUCGGCAAUGACUGACUUAAUGGACGGCUCGACAGGCACGGUUACCAGGAGGAGAACAUAUAAACAAUAAAACCUGUUCUUUCUUUAGCCUUUUCAGAGCUUCUCCUGUGUGUUUCUUCCUUGCAUUAGGAGGUUGUUUUUAUUUGCUGUUCCUGUCAGUGGCGAAGUCACUUGCCUGUAGCUUUACAGAAAUUGGUUUUGUCAAAAAUAAUUCAUGAGUAUAAUUUAUAACAUUGGCCAGACACGGGCAGGAAUUCUACCUAAGCAUUUGUAUUAGAAUGAUUCUUGGGUUGUGUGUAAUCUCAGGAUGUAAUAUUGUAUUGAUUUUGAAUAAAACAAAUGUAGCUGUUCUUAUCAUUUUA